AUGACAGAAAACAGGAAAAGAUCUCGUGAAGAAGAUACAUGUGAAUUCAUGCCACUCUCUAAGAGAAUAAAUAACUUGCACAUAAAUAACAACCUUUCCAACCAACCUCUUAGUCGCUCUGCAGAACUCAGUCACGACAAAAGGAUCAAUUUUUAUGAGCCCGAAGAGAAAUUGUAUACGAGUGAAGAAGAUUCGGAGAUGAAUUUCACUGCUUUCUCAGCUGUGGGAGGUGGUGGGACUCAUUUUGUGACUACUGGCGGACAGCUGCCGGUUACAAAACUUCAGCAGAAUGUUACAAAUAAUGGCACUUCUCUCUCACAGGUUGUUGGUAUGGUUGGUGGAGUUAAUUUGCCCGAAGGAGUGCAAUAUGUACGUGCCUUGGAUGGCAGCGCUACACUGCAAAGCACACCACAACUUAUUUCUGUACCAAUUACAUUACCAGGAGCCAAGCCUGGUGAUCCUCAGCAAACCGUGCAGAUACAAGUUCUAGGUCCUAAUCUGACGCUACAGGCACAACAGCAGCCUAAAUAUCAAAUGCAAAUACCAAUACAGGGCUUUCAACAAGGUGGUGCUGUGCUGACAAUGGCGUAUUCGCCGGAGAACAACGAAAAUGGGGGCAUUCAAUUGUUGGGAAACUCAUUACCUGAAGGCCUUCAAGUGCUUGCAUUGCCACAAGAGAUGCAGUUGUUACAACCAACACAGACUCAGGACAAGGAUCAGAUGCAACAAAAUGUUCAGCAUCAGGUGUAUAUUACUCCGGACCAUCAAAUUGUUAUCGGUAAUCCGGGGGACAGCAAGCCUCUCAACAACAAUACAAGCGGCGACAACAAUAAUUCUGUUGAAAUUGUUAUAAAGGAGGAGUGUGUUGAAAAUAAUAAUGAUGAUGAAAGCUCUCAAGGCACGGAAACAAGUGAAGGAAUGUCUUGGCAACUCGGCAACUCCUCGCAAGACCUCCUUAAAUAUCUCAAUCAGCUGCCACCACAGCAAACACAAGCAUUGCCAGUUUCCCUCCAGCAAUUUCUGCGGUUAAAUCCAACUGAGAUCAAGAAAGACCCAUUACAGAUGGAAGUUAGCUCCCCCACCAUAGAAGAUAAAGAAUGCACGGGGGCCGAGGCUGUUUUGGGCGAUGAUGGAGUAUUAAGGGUCAAAAAGAAAAAGAAGUACAAAAAGAAGCCACCGAAGCCAGCGCGUCCGAAGCCCGGGCAAGUUGUGAUAGCGACAGCAUCCGACGGCACGACCAUCUUCUGCUGCCCGGAGUGCCAGAUGGCGUAUCCCGUCAAGGAGCAGCUCGAGAUGCAUCUCAUAGUGCACAAGAUUGAGAGGCGGUUCAUUUGCGGCAUUUGCGGCGCCGGUUUGAAGCGCAAGGAGCACUUGGAGCGGCACAAGCUGGGCCACAACCCGGAGCGGCCGUACGUGUGCGGCGUGUGCCGCAAGGGCUUCAAGCGGCGCGAGCACCUCAACCUGCACACCGUCAUACACUCCGGCGUCAAGACCGAGAUGUGCGGCGAGUGCGGCAAAGACCGAGAUGUGCGGCAAAGGUACACGUUGUAUCUCAACCUGCACACCAUCACACUCCGGCGUCAAGACCGAGCUCUGCGGCGAGUGCGGCAAAGGUACACGUUGUAUCUCAACCUGCACACCGUCAUACACUCCGACGUCAAGACCGAGAUGUGCGGCAAAGGUACAUGUUGUAUCUCAACCUGCACACCGUCAUACACUCCGGCGUCAAGACCGAGCUCUGCGGCGAGUGCGGCAAAGGUACACGUUGUAUCAACCUGCACACCGUCAUACACUCCGACGUCAAGACCGAGAUGUGCGGCAAAGGUACACGUUGUACCUGCACACCAUCAUACACUCCGGCGUCAAGACCGAGCUCUGCGACGAGUGCGGCAAAGGUACACGUUGUAUCUCAACCUGCACACCGUCAUACACUCCGGCGUCAAGACCGAGAUGUGCGGCGAGUGCGGCAAAGGUACACGUGGUAUCUCAACCUGCACACCGUCAUACACUCCGGCGUCAAGACCGAGCUCCGCGGCGAGUGUGGCAAAGGUACACGUUGUAUCUCAACCUGCACACCGUCAUACACUCCGGCGUCAAGACCGAGCUCUGCGGCGAGUGCGGCAAAGGUACACGUUGUAUCUCAACCUGCACACCGUCAUACACUCCGACGUCAAGACCGAGAUGUGCGGCAAAGGUACACGUUGUAUCUCAACCUGCACACCAUCACACUCCGGCGUCAAGACCGAGCUCUGCGGCGAGUGCGGCAAAGGUACACGUUGUAUCUCAACCUGCACACCGUCAUACACUCCGACGUCAAGACCGAGAUGUGCGGCAAAGGUACAUGUUGUAUCUCAACCUGCACACCGUCAUACACUCCGGCGUCAAGACCGAGCUCUGCGGCGAGUGCGGCAAAGGUACACGUUGUAUCAACCUGCACACCGUCAUACACUCCGACGUCAAGACCGAGAUGUGCGGCAAAGGUACACGUUGUACCUGCACACCAUCAUACACUCCGGCGUCAAGACCGAGCUCUGCGACGAGUGCGGCAAAGGUACACGUUGUAUCUCAACCUGCACACCGUCAUACACUCCGGCGUCAAGACCGAGAUGUGCGGCGAGUGCGGCAAAGGUACACGUUGUAUCUCAACCUGCACACCGUCAUACACUCCGACGUCAAGACCGAGAUGUGCGGCAAAGGUACACGUUGUAUCUCAACCUGCACACCGUCAUACACUCCGGCGUCAAGACCGAGCUCUGCGGCGAGUGCGGCAAAGGUACACGUUGUAUCUCAACCUGCACACCGUCAUACACUCCGGCGUCAAGACCGAGCUCCGCGGCGAGUGUGGCAAAGGUACACGUUGUAUCUCAACCUGCACACCGUCAUACACUCCGACGUCAAGACCGAGAUGUGCGGCAAAGGUACACGUUGUAUCUCAACCUGCAUACCGUCAUACACUCCGGCGUCAAGACCGAGCUCUGCGGUGAGUGCGGCAAAGGUACACGUUGUAUCUCAACGUGCACACCGUCAUACACUCCGGCGUCAAGACCGAGCUCUGCGGCGAGUGCGGCAAAGGUACACGUUGUGUCUCAAAAUGCACACCGUCAUACACUCCGACGUCAAGACCGAGAUGUGCGGCAAAGGUACACGUUGUAUCUCAACCUGCACACCAUCAUACACUCCGGCGUCAAGACCGAGCUCUGCGGCGAGUGCUGGAAAGGUACACGUUGUAUCUCAACCUGCACAUCGUCAUACACUUCGGCGUCAAGACCGAGAUGUGCGGCGAGUGCGGCAAAGGUACACGUUGUAUCUCAACCUGCACUCCGUCAUACACUCCGGCGUCAAGACCGAGCUCUGCGACGAGUGCGGCAAAGGUACACGUUGUAUCUCAACCUGCACACCGUCAUACACUCCGGCGUCAAGACCGAGAUGUGCGGCGAGUGCGGCAAAGGUACACGUUGUAUCUCAACCUGCACACCGUCAUACACUCCGACGUCAAGACCGAGAUGUGCGGCAAAGGUACACGUUGUAUCUCAAACUGCACACCGUCAUACACUCCGGCGUCAAGACCGAGCUCUGCGGCGAGUGCGGCAAAGGUACACGUUGUAUCUCUACCUGCACACCGUCAUACACUCCGACGUCAAGACCGAGAUGUGCGGCAAAGGUACAUGUUGUAUCUCAACCUGCACACCGUCAUACACUCCGGCGUCAAGACCGAGCUCUGCGGUGAGUGCGGCAAAGGUACACGUUGUAUCUCAACCUGCACACCGUCAUACACUCCGGCGUCAAGACCGAGCUCUGCGGCGAGUGCGGCAAAGGUACACGUUGUAUCUCAACCUGCACACCGUCAUACACUCCGGCGUCAAUACCGAGAUGUGCGGCGAGUGCGGCAAAGGUACAGGUUUCUACCGGAAAGACCAUCUGCGCAAACACGCUCGCUCGCAUGAAAGUAAACGAGCGCGCGACGAAGCGAACCACGACCAGGGUGAUGUUAAACCAACGGCAACCACCAACAAUUCCAUGAUGCCUGAGAUUACUAUACACGUUCCGACGAGCUCGAACAUGCAGAUGCCGGUGCAGAUCAACAUCCUGCCGCACGCGGCGCAGCAGCUGCAGGGCGGGCCCGGCGCGCCGCCGCUGGACCACUCGUGA